GGGGGAUCAGGACGCCCGCCGUCACGAAACCCCGGUACCCUACACACCAUUAACCUGUCAUUUCAAGGCAUAUCGUGCUUUUUUCGAACUUAAGAUCGAGGCAAAAAUCCAGGAAGUUUACCGCAGCUCUGUAACUCGCCGAAACAAGGAAGAUUUUUAAUUCUAAAAAGCGGGUCCGAGACGGGAAGACAUGGCCACAACUACAUGCACGCGCUUCACGGACGACUAUCAGCUGUAUGAGGAGCUGGGCAAGGGAGCGUUUUCUGUGGUGCGACGCUGUGUGAAGUUGAGCACGGGCCAAGAAUAUGCUGCCAAAAUCAUCAACACCAAAAAACUGUCUGCAAGAGAUCAUCAGAAGCUCGAACGAGAAGCUCGAAUCUGUCGUCUGCUGAAACAUCCCAAUAUUGUUCGUCUUCAUGACAGUAUAUCAGAGGAGGGCUUCCACUACCUACUGUUUGAUUUGGUGACUGGAGGUGAACUGUUUGAAGACAUUGUAGCCAGAGAGUAUUACAGUGAGGCAGAUGCCAGUCACUGCAUCCAGCAAAUCCUGGAGGCGGUGCUUCACUGCCAUCAAAUGGGUGUUGUGCACCGAGACCUGAAGCCAGAGAAUCUACUGUUGGCCAGUAAGUGCAAGAAUGCCGCUGUGAAACUGGCCGACUUUGGACUGGCCAUUGAGGUGCAGGGAGAGCAGCAGGCAUGGUUUGGAUUUGCUGGGACACCAGGUUACCUGUCCCCCGAGGUGCUGAGGAAGGAGGCAUAUGGCAAACCGGUGGACAUUUGGGCCUGUGGUGUUAUUCUGUACAUUCUUCUGGUUGGUUACCCACCAUUCUGGGACGAGGAUCAGCAUAAACUCUACCAGCAGAUUAAAGCUGGAGCUUAUGAUUUUCCUUCUCCAGAAUGGGACACAGUUACUCCUGAAGCGAAAAACCUCAUCAAUCAAAUGUUGACCAUCAACCCUGCCAAGAGAAUUACUGCACAGGAAGCUCUCAAGCACCCAUGGGUCUGUCAACGCUCUACCGUGGCUUCCAUGAUGCACAGACAAGAGACUGUGGAAUGCCUGAAGAAGUUCAAUGCCCGAAGGAAACUCAAGGGGGCUAUUCUCACCACUAUGCUUGUGUCACGGAAUUUCUCUGUGGGUAGCAGGCAGACCACGGCUCCCGCCUCGGUCACUGCGGCUGCGGCUGCACUAGCCGCGGCUGCAGGCACCACAGCAGGGCUGGUGGAACAAGCAGCCAAGAGCUUGUUGAACAAAAAGGUGGAUGUUAAGAAGCGGAAGUCAAGCUCUACUAUUCAGUACAUGCCCCAGACAAACAGCAUAGUCACCAGCCCCAAGGGAAACCUCCCCUCUCCUGCACUGGAGGCACAGACCACUGUCAUCCAUAAUGCAGUGGAUGGGAUUAAGGAGUCGUCAGACAGCAGUAACGCCACAGUUGAGGAUGAAGAAAUGAAAGGAAAGGUUGUAGAUAACAGUUCAGUUCAGUCAAACCCCAGUACACAGCCUGAACCCAACCACACACCAUCAGGCCCCUCCCCCACAGUCUUCCCUGCCACAAAGUUCACCGAUCUACUGGGUGUGGUACGCCGUGGUUCAGUGCCCACAUCUGAUGCUGAGGGGGGAAACACUACCACUCCAUCUGUUGUGUCUGCCCCCUCCACUCCCCAAACCCCCAACAUUCCCAUACAAAUGUCACGUUUGACUGAUCUUGUAAGUAGUGUGCGCAGAAGUUCAGCCCCCCAGACAGACAGUGAAUCAUCAGCGCACAGCAGACCCCUUACUGCCCCUGGCCCUGUAUCUGACCCAUCCUACCCCUCCCCUUCCCAAAAAUCUUCCAGACCCCUGCCGUCAGCACAUUUACGCAAACAGGAGAUUAUCAAAAUCACCGAACAGCUAAUUGAGGCCAUCAACAAUGGUGACUUUGAAGCCUAUGCUAAAAUCUGUGACCCUGGACUCACCUGUUUUGAGCCAGAGGCCUUGGGAAACCUGGUGGAGGGCAUGGACUUCCACAGAUUUUACUUUGAAAACUUGCUGUCUAAGAAUAGUAAGCCCAUCCACACUACCAUCCUGAACCCUCAUGUUCACCUGAUCGGAGAGGAUGCAGCCUGCAUCGCCUACAUCCGUCUCACACAGUACGUGGAUGUGCAGGGCCGGCCGCGCAGCAGUCAAUCAGAAGAGACGAGGGUGUGGCAUCGCCGGGAGGCCAAAUGGCAGAAUGUCCAUUUCCACUGUUCGGGAGCUCCUGCCGCCCCUCUGCAGUGAAGGUUGGGCUAAUUGUAGCCACAUCUAACCAGAGUGCCCAGUCUGAAAUGCAGAGAGAGAGAGAGAAAGAGAGGGAGUACAGUGAUGGGUGGCUGUGAGUCUGCAGUGCCUGACCCUCCCACACUGGGCACCGCCUCCUUGCCUGUCAAUCAUGUCACCUGCCAAUCACUUUUGUGCAUUGUCCUCUAUCUCAUCGCCCUAUCAACUUUACCCCUCCCUCCCAGUCCCUCACCCUGUAUCUUUUACACCUGUGCUGAGACUGUGUGGAGUGGGACAGUCUUUGAUUAAUAAAGGCCGCAAGUCACCCGUGAAACGUCAUGCUUUCUGUCCUUUCCAGUCUCAGUAACGACCUUUUUUCCACUGAUUCGCCGUCCUCAUUUACAGUAUGUAGAUUUUUGAUGUUAUUAUUAUGAUUAAUAUUGUCAUUAGUAUUAUCACAAAAGCAGUUUUAUGUGUCACUUUUACCAUUCAUAUUCUGAAUUCCCAUGAUUUUUAAUUUAUGUAAGACUUUUGUUUCUGAGAGCAUGAAUUUUCCAAUAUAUCCAACAGCGACCGUUUCUACAGUGAUUUGGAGAGAUAAAUAUGGUUACCAUUAAUGUACAGGCUUCUUGAUUUGUUUCAUGGUUGAAAGCUCAAGCUCGCAUACAACAAAUGCAUCUGUCCAUGUGUGUUAAAACAUUUCUGGACAUUCAAUCCAUCUAUAUGACUGUAUGGGGCAGAGCCUGAUUAAGAACUUAAUUUGGGGCCUUCCGGUUUUUACAUUUAUAUUUAUUUCUUUCAAUCAUUGCAACAGAUUUGGAAUAAUUGAGCAUCUUUAGUAUGCCCAGAUAAAUUACUCUUUACUGGCUUAUUAGAUAAACAAUCAUUGGUUCUUGGAAAAAGCCACAAUAGAUUUUGUAACUGUUUCGUCUCUUAUGUGACACCGAUUAAAAUGUUAGUGUUAAAUGUCAUUGGUAGUGUUGCAAUAUGAGAGGUUUUCAAAACUUUUUUUUUUUAUUAUUAUUUCUUUGGCUAAGCCAGUGGAUAGAUGUGUUAGGAAGGCUCUUGCCUCUUGCAGUUUGUCUUCAGCUUGAAAGAUUAAAUCAAACUUUAUUCAUACCUCAACGGAAAUGCAACCAUUAUAGGUGAACCGUUGUACCAGAUGACUCAUCAUUAAUGUGUUUUGUAUGUCUUCACAUUCUGCCUAAGGAAAGACAUCUUUAGUUGAGGAAUUCUGUUUCAAAAGGUGGCAACUGUAUUUUUACUGUGUACCGGUAAUAUGUAUUCAUAGUUUAGGCUUAGAGUUACUGGACAGCAUAAAAUAUCAGUUGAAUUUGGGAAAUUUGGCAUAAACCGUACCUGCUUGAUUUACUUAAGAUCUUUAGUAACAUACUUACUAGCAUACUAGCAAAGCAGGGGCGGACUGUCCAUAGGGAGAACUGGGACUUUUCCCAGUGGACCUGCCACGAAACGGGGCCAAACAGCCGAACACCCCCUACCCCCAAUAGUUUUAUAUUUCAGAUGAUGGCGAAAAGUUGUUGAACAAAGGAAUGUUCCUAAUGUGAAGUGUAUCUGAAACGGAGCUUAACACAUUACACCUCAUGCAACUCUAUGCUAGUGUCAGUCUACUUUUGAAGUGAUGGAGGUUGUAAUUGUGGUGAACUGAAUGGUCAUGUAACUAAUGUGAAUGGAAUGACCCCGGAGGCUCAUAUGCUGUUUGCGUCCUCAGGUCGUAUUUGUUUAUUUGAUUUUCUCAACUUCUUACGCGUUUCUUAAUUUCAUGUGCAUUACACACUGUUGUGCACUGAGUAGUAGCCACAUGUAAUAUCGGUGAUGACUACUGACGUUUUUAUUGUUGUUAUUAUUUGAAAGAAACUAAGCCGGCUAAAGCGCCUCGAGAUCUUUAAAGAAAAAAUUACAUAUUUAUCUUGGAGAAUAGUGACCCCAUGAGGCACAUGGAUAUGUGUUUAUGCGCCGGUAUUCUGCUUCUAAUAAGGUUGUCUCAUUCUUUGAAGUUUUUUCUUGUGUUUUGUCUGAGACGAAAAGUGAUCCAAUACUGCACCUGUGUUUAUAAGAGUGAUCAAAGUCCCACACUUGUCCACUCCCUUAACAAAAAGACAACAACAAAAAAGCAGCAUGUAAAAAGGUGUACAGUUCUCUGUGUUUAGUAAUGAAAAUAAACAUGAUAAUGAGUGAAAGUGCACAUCACAAUCAAAACAGGACUCACUGUAUUGAAACUACAGUUUACUUGCAUUUCAGCUGGAAUUUCUUUGCAUGAGAGUCACUUGAACACUAGGUUUGGUGUUAUUUCUUGUUUUGAUUUAAUUUUUUCUAUUGAUUGCUGAUUUCCCUUAACCUUUCUCUUAUUUGUUUGAUCAGCUUUAAGUGCAUAUAAUAUUUUUGUCCCAAGAUGAUGCUGACAAUAGCAGUGUUAAUAAUUAAAAUUAUAACUAUGAAAAUGUUGAUGAUAUUAAGACUAUGGAAAUGGUGAUAUUUCUACAGCAUGCUUUUGUAUUAAGUUCAUUGUUGUCAAUGACUGAUAUUUAUAUAAAUUAAUAUAAGAUUACUCAUUUGUAUGUGACUGCUUGACUUCAGAGAAGCGCUCGCAAUAUUAGUAAUAAUUACUGUAUGCAUGUGAUCACUAAUAUUUCAGAAUAUCUCCUUAAGUCUACCGGCAGUGACAUCAUACUGUGCUUUGCAGAUGCUCAUUACUGAAUGGCCAUUAAAAUCAUGUAUUGUUUCAAACUUUUAUCUUCCUUUCAUGACAAACAGUUCAAAUAGAAGCAACAUCCACAGUAAUUCCACUUGCACCAACAACCCCAUCUGUUUUCGAACAGGACUGUUUCCACCCCACUCAUAUCAUUGAUCUAAAUGGAAACGGAACUGAAUAGUUUCUCUGAAGUUGAGUCUUCUCACAGUAGCCCUCUUUUAGUUUUGUUUUUCUGUAUGAGAUAAAAUAUUCUCUUUGAUAUCCGAUAAUUCUUACUCUUGUUAUUGCUCGGUUCUAAAACAUGCUCUGUGUUUCCCUGACUUACGCAAAUGUGUUCAAAAAUUAUGAAUAAAUUAGAUUAUUUAAAUACUGAAGAAUCUUGUUCAUGUUUCUUCAAAAUUGAUGAGCAAUAUAUUUUUUACAUGGUUCCCACGGUCAUGGGAAACCAGAAUGGAUGAAUAAA